AUGGCGACUUGGAGGUCAGCUUUGGUGGUGGGGCUGCUAGUCGGCGCAUGCUGGGGGAGGGAGGGAGAAGGAGGGAAGGAGGGAGCAGGGAGGAAGGGAACGAGCUUGCAGAACACGCCCAGGUACCUCAACAGGUACCUCAAGGCCAAGCAGGGCAUCGACGAGGAGGAGGCAGCAAUUCAGCGUCGUUUGCACGAAGAGCUUUUCAGGGAGGACCAGCACCUGCGAGGCAUCGCCCAUGUCCUCGAUGAGAACCCUGCCAAGACUAGAGGAGUUCGCCUGCCCUCGGCGGCAGAGAAGCAUCCAGAAGUCCUGGAGAAGAAGAAGAAGAUCGCAAGGGUCAAGAUUGCUUUGGGUGAUGUGACUGCUGUGUUGGGUCCUGCAGCUGAUGGAGAUGACUUGACAGCAAGGAAGGCGCACCUUGAGCACAUGAGGAAGAAGAAGGCGAUUCAGUCCAUGCAGAGCGACGAUGCGAGCGACUCGCAGCCCGCAGCCAAACCAGCCCACCGAGUGUUACCACCUCAUUUCGACAUCAGGACAGAGCUCUUCGAAACCUUUGCGCUCUCCUACGCCGACACGUCGCUCAUCACGGGAUAUGUCGGAAGGGACAUUGUUCAAUUGGGACAUUACUAUGUUGCCGACGACGACGGAAGUGGUGGUGGCCGUGGAGGAGUCGGAGCCAUGACCCGCUUCGGCUGUGCGUUGGACUGCAACGACCCGCAGUUCAACGGUAUCGAUGGGAUCUUGGGGUUGGGGAUGCCGGAAGCUGCUCUAGAGACUAUUCCUACCCCUCUGAUCUUCGCGCUUGCCAACGACAGGGGAGGGUUGGAGGGCCAGAACUACGUGAACGAACGGCCGAUGCAUACGCGCAAGUUUGCCUUCUUGUCAACGGCGGUCUCAGGAGAACUCCAGCUGGGGGGAUACGACAGAGCGAGCACCAACGCCGACAUGGUUUACGUGCCCACCACGUCCACCACGGAAUAUUCAGUGAAUGUCCAAUCUCUGACGUUUGGAGGAAUUGAACUUCUCAACUGGAGAGAUAAGACGCGUCCCAACGCGAUCCCGGCGAUCCUCGACACGGGAACGACUUGCCUUGUCAUCCCCGACAGCUUGUUGGGAGGAAGGGUGACGGCAAAGCCAUAUUCUAAGUUCAUGUCCAUCAUGACGAAAGGAAUGUCUUUCUAUAUCACCAUUGACGGCCAUCUCUUCGAGAUUCCGUUCGAAUUCUGGUGGCAGAAGCUCAACAACGCACCAUGUGUGCAGAAGACUCCUGAGUCGUACGACGGUAUCCUGCUCGGCGAUGUCGUCUUCCAGUCCCUCGUGGUCGAGUUCGACCUCUCCAAACCUCACAAGCCUCGCAUCGGCGUCGCUCCUCGCAAUCCGCUCUACCAGCCGACUCCUCCUGGCACCCAGGACUCUUUGAAGAUUCCCUUGAUCAAGCGAGGACCCCAGGGCGUCUUUGUCGAGGAUCCCAAGCGCGACAAGUUCAAGCAUGGCGUCGAUCACGUGCCAGUGACGAUGAAUGCUGCUCGUACCGCCUACUAUGCCAACAUCUCCAUCGGCUCUCCGCGCCAAUACUUCACCGUCCUCAUCGAUACUGGCUCCAGUACCCUGGCAGUCUUUGCCAAGAUGCCUCCUCAGCAUGGCAACCUCCAAGUCCCUGAGCCAUCUCAGAAAUUCAAGGGAGGGCCCAAGUCCGACAGGCGGUCGAGGCACAGAAGAGGAAGAGGCAUCUACCUCGAGGAGCCGAAAGUUGGCCAAAGGAAGGAGGAGGAGCCAGCAAAGGACGGAAGGCCUGUCGCCCUCAUGCAGGCAGGAGGAGGAGCAGGAGGAGGAGGUUUCUAUCUUUCUUCCUCUACUGAGCUGCUGUGCUUUGCCCUCCUCUCUGUCUUUCUUCUUACGGCGGCACGACGAGUGGGGAGGAGAGGUUGAAGUGUAGAAUAAGUGUAUGUUGCUUCCUAUCAAACUGUACAGCAGAG